UACCACCGCACGACGGGCCAACUACGCACGCACUUGGCAGCAGUCGUUCAUCGUUGUCAAAUAAACAACCAAAGUAGGAGGAGGAGGGAAACUAAAAACUAUCGGCGGCCGAAGUAAAGCCUUGUGCUGCUGGUCCAUCCAUCGAUUUGUUUUCUCCUUCUGUGGUUAUUUCAUCGUUUAGUCCUCCUUGUUCGUCUCCUAGAGUCCAUCCAGAUCAUCAGAGGACCAACGGAGUAAUCAAUUCCAUUAAUAAAAAUAUAUCUUCUCUACCUGUGCCUGCCACUUCCGAUUCUCCCCUUCCUUCUCUUAUAGUUCUUCAUCCUUGCGUAGCAGAGCGAGAGAGAGAGAGAGAGAGAUUCAUGGAGCUGGGGAGCCCCCUUGCGGCCCACAGCCGCAGCUACACCACUACCUACACGCACUGUUCCAUCGGCUUCUCCCCUCGGGUUCGCACCAGCUGGAUCCGUGCGUCGGCUGAGGGCGGCGGCGACCGACGGCAGAGUCGUGCCAGCCUCGCUGCCGAUGGCCCCAGGGUCGUCGAGGUCGCCGCUUCCCCCGUGGCCGGCGGAGCCGGAGCCGCGGGCUUCGGAGCCCGGGACGCGGAGCUGGCCAUGUGGGACAAGCUGGGGGCGGUCGUCAGGCUCAGCUAUGGCAUUGGGAUUUACGCAGCCAUGGCACUCACCGGGAGAUUUAUAUGCCAAAUGGCUGGAAUAGACUGCACAGGUGGCUUCCAUCCAUCUCUCACGGCAGUAGUUGAGGGGCUCGGGUAUGCAGCUCCACCAAUCAUGGCUCUCUUGUUCAUCCUCGAUGAUGAAGUUGUCAAGUAUUCACCUCACGCGCGUGCCAUCAGAGAUGUGGAGGAUGAGGAGCUUCGCAGCUUCUUCUAUGGCAUGUCACCAUGGCAGUUCAUUCUCAUCGUGACUGCUAGCUCAAUUGGUGAGGAGCUAUUCUACCGGGCAGCUAUUCAGGGAGCAUUGGCUGAUAUUUUCCUGAGAGGAACGGAGCUCAUGAAAGAUGCUCGAGGGAUCGCAUCACUGAGCGGCAUGGUGCCUCCUUUGGUCCCAUUUGCUCAAACGUUUGCAGCAGCCAUCACUGCAGCCCUCACGGGAUCCCUCUACUAUAUCGCUACUGCUCCGAAAGACCCUACGUAUGUGGUGACACCAGCAAUGCGUUCGCGCACAGGGCGGGAGAAUCUCAAGAAACUAUUUGCUGCUUGGUACGAGAGGAGGCAAAUGAGGAAGAUAUACUCCCCGCUUCUAGAAGGGAUUUUGGCUUUCUACCUUGGCUUCGAAUGGAUCCAGACCGACAAUAUCCUGGCACCUAUGAUCACCCACGGCAUAUACUCUGCCGUUGUACUUGGCCAUGGGCUCUGGAAAAUUCACGACCACAGGAGAAGGUUACGGCAGCGGAUUCAGCAGGUUAGACGCCAAGGGAGAAGCUCAGACACUUUGUGACUGCAGCGUAUGGCUGAGCGACGACAUCUAUGUAUGAGCUGGAUAGCUAGCUUUCUGAUCAUAUUAGAUGAUCGGUCGAUCAGAACACCAGGCGUCUGACAAGUUUUGAUCCAGUUAACCGACCUAGCUAAGUAAGAUAGGUACAAGAUUGAAGGUACACAUAUACAUAUAUUACAAUCUGUACAUAUGCUGGUAUAUAUGCAGGAUGGAAUCAAUAUAGGAAGUAGUAUUUCCUAAAAGAAUAUAGGAAGUAGUACAGUAUAGGAUUGCAAGUACGUACUCCUAUCGUGUAUGCAAGGAAAAAAGAUAGUCUACUUUUUUUUGUCCUCACUGUUGCAUGAUUAGUGUUGUUAAGAUGCAUGUUGGAGUUUCCUUGUAUAAAAGAAGAAACUGUUUCUAUGUUGUAAGGAAGGGAAAAUUGGCAGGUA